AUGGAGGGGAGGGCGAGGCGGCGCGCCAGCCCGUCCAGGACGCGCACCAAGGCAGUCAGGGUGGAGCCGGAGCCGCCACCAACGACCAAGAGGCAUGGGCCAGGGAUGAGGGCGGCGGUGGUGUACUACCUCUGCCGCAGCCACCACCUAGAGCACCCACACUUCAUGGAGGUGACCCUCGCCUCCCCACAAGGCCUCUACCUGCGAGAUGUGAUUGGCUGGCUGGACGCCCUGAGAGGGAAGGGCAUGGUGGCCAAGUAUUCCUGGUCCUGCAAGAGGAGCUACAAGACUGGAUUCGUGUGGCAUGAUCUGUCUGUGGAUGAUCUGCUGCUUCUCACGCAAGGAACAGAGUAUGUUCUCAAGGGCUCCGAGUUCCCAUUCGACGAGUCAAAGCCUCUGCCAAUGCCAGGAGCUACAAGACUGGAUUCGUGUGGCACGAUCUGUCUGUGGAUGAUCUGCUGCUGCUCACGCAAGGAACAGAGUACGUUCUCAAGGGCUCCGAGUUCCCAUUCGACGAGUCAAAGCCUCUGCCAAUGCCAGUCGGAGGAUCCACGAAGAGCGAUGGAGGGGAGGGCGAGGCGGCGCGCCAGCCCGUCCGGGAUGCGCACCAAGGCAGUCAGGGUGGAGCCAGAGCCGCCACCGACGACCAAGAGGCAUGGGCCAGGGAUGAGGGCGGCGGUGGUGUAUCACCUCUGCCGCAGCCACCACCUAGAGCACCCACACUUCAUGGAGGUGACCCUCGCCUCCCCACAAGGCCUCUACCUGCGAGAUGUGAUUGGCCGGCUGGACGCCCUGAGAGGGAAGGGCAUGGUGGCCAAGUAUUCCUGGUCCUGCAAGAGGAGCUACAAGACUGGAUUCGUGUGGCACGAUCUAUCUGUGGAUGAUCUGCUGCUGCUCACGCAAGGAACAGAGUACGUUCUCAAGGGCUCCGAGUUCCCAUUCGAUGAGUCAAAGCCUCUGCCAAUGCCAGAUCAUCAGCAGAAUAAUGCAGUAUGUGCAAAGGUUCAGCCCUGCGAGCCGGCUCGACAACAAGAGUCGCCUUGUUCUCCUGGAUCAUCAAACCAAGGGUGGACUUCCAAGUCUCCGUCUCCUACUCCUACAACUUACCCCACAGUUCCAGUCAUCAAAGAGGAAGUACCGCCGCCACCACCAACAACAGCUCGUGCUGCUGUUGUUCCAGCCAUCAAAGAGCACGCGGUGCCACCGCGACUUCCCCAGCUGAUCUCGCCGUCAACACCAUGUGCCUCCACCAUUGGAGAAUGA